AAAUUGUGAGUCACGUUUUAUAGGAGUAAAAUUAAACUAAUAAUGAAAUUGGCUCCAUUUCUGAAAUAUAUAGCCGUCAAAAUCCACCCAUGCUAAAAAGCUGUAGUCGAAAUCAAAUCACCAACAAACAAGAUAGUUAAUACAGACAUUAGUUGACUGUAUUGGAGUAAAGACGUUGGUAUUUGCAAGCAUUUGAAUAUACCCCAUUACUAAUGAGAAUUAGUACAAGUAAUCGUGUUCUACCAAGGCACCCAUUAGAUAUUUUACCAAGAAUUUCUUUAGAAGAAUGGGAGAGAGUUUACUCUAAUGAAGAUACUAGAGCUAAGGCUAUCCCAUGGUUCUGGGAAAAUCAAUACAAACCAGAAGAAUUCUCUUUAUGGAAAGUUGAUUACAAAUAUAAUGAUGAAUUAACCUUAACUUUCAUGUCCAACAACUUGAUUGGAGGUUUCUUCAACAGAUUAUCUGCUUCUAUAGAAUAUUUAUUUGGUACUUUAGUUGUUUACGGUGAAAACAACAAUAACGGUAUUACUGGUUUCUUCUUAGUUAGAGGUCAAGACUACGUUCCAGCCUUCGAUGUUGCUCCAGAAUGGGAUUCAUUCAAUUACACCAAAUUAGAUGGUGAAGAUGCUGAAACCAGAAAGUUCAUCAACAACAUGUUAGCUUGGGAUGAACCAGUUGAAGUUAAUGGUGAAAAGAGAGAUAUCGUUGACGGUAAGGUUUUUAAGUAAGUGCUAGUUUGAAACUAGUUUAGUUUAAAUAUGAAUAAACAAUUAUAUCAGUGAUAAGUGAC